AUGCAGUGUAGCAACACCGAGGUCGGAGCAGGCACAAUGAAUCCUCUCACAUUUCUUAGAGUCUUAGGUCCUGAGCCAUGGAACGUCGCUUACGUGGAGCCAAGUAUAAGACCAGAUGAUAGUCGCUAUGGGGACAAUCCCAAUAGGCUUCAGCGCCAUACUCAGUUUCAGGUAAUUCUGAAGCCUGAUCCUGGAAAUUCGCAAGAUCUCUUUCUGCACAGCCUUUCAGCAAUAGGUAUCAACAUCCGUGAACAUGACAUCCGCUUUGUUGAAGACAACUGGGAGAGUCCGGUUCUUGGUGCUUGGGGACUGGGCUGGGAGGUUUGGAUGGAUGGCAUGGAAAUCACACAGUUCACAUAUUUUCAGCAGUCAGGAAGCCUUCCAUUGCAGCCGGUUUCUGUUGAAAUAACAUAUGGACUUGAGCGUAUCCUCAUGUCACUUCAGGGAGUUGAUCAUUUCAAGAAUAUACUAUACACCGAAGGAAUUACAUAUGGAGAACUGUUCCUUGAGAACGAGAAGGAGAUGAGUGCAUAUUAUUUAGAACAUGCAGAUGUCAGUCACAUUCGAAAGCACUUUGACAAUUUUGAAGAAGAGGCUCGCUCUUUGUUAUCACUGGGGCUGCCAAUUCCGGCGUAUGAUCAGGUUCUGAAGGCCUCUCAUGCUUUCAAUAUAUUAGAUUCUAGAGGUUUUGUUGGUGUAACUGAGCGUGCAAGAUAUUUUGGUCGCAUGCGAAGCCUUGCUCGUCAAUGUGCUCAGCUUUGGGUGGAAACUCGAGAAAACCUUGGACAUCCUUUGGGUGCUUACGAAGAGGAUAACCUUAUCUAUCCUCAUGUCUCCGAAAAACCUCGUAGAGAGGAAGUGCCGGUGCAACCACGGGCGUUUGUUCUUGAAAUAGGAACAGAAGAGUUGCCACCCCGUGAUGUCGUAGAAGCAAUUGAACAGCUUGAGAAAUCUCUAGUUAAUACAUUGGAGAAACGUAGAUUGACCCAUGGGAAAGUGCACACUUACGGGACACCAAGGAGAUUAGCGAUUGUUGUUGAAAAUCUUAGUAUGAAGCAAACAGAGGUAGAGGUUGAACUACGUGGUCCACCAGUUGCGAAGGCAUUUGACGAAGAAGGAAACCCCACUAAGGCCGCUGAGGGAUUUUGUCGAAAGAAUAAUGUCUCUGUCGAUCAUCUAUAUAGAAGAAUAGGUGGUAAAACAGAAUAUAUCUAUGCUAGAGUCAGAGUGUCUGCUCGUUUUGCUGAUGAGGCCCUAGCUGAAGAUAUACCUACUAUUGUUUCUGGUAUUUCAUUUCCCAAGUCGAUGCGCUGGAACUCCAAUAUUGUUUUUAGUCGUCCAAUACGCUGGAUCCUGGCACUUCAUGGCGAUUUUGUUGUGCCAUUUUAUUUUGCUGGUAUCUCAAGUGGGAAUCAGUCAUGUGGCCUUCGUAACUCUUCUUUGGCUAAUUUUAAGGUGGAAACUGCAGAAUCAUAUUUACGUAGUGUGGAAAAAGCUGGGAUUUUGAUUAAUAUGCAGGAGCGGAAGGAAAAAGUCUUGCAUGCCUCUACUGUAUUGGCUGAAGGUGUUGGUGGCGAUUUUGUUGCGCCUGAUAGCUUGCUGCAGGAGGUUGUCAAUCUUGUGGAGGCGCCUGUGCCCAUCCUUGGUCGAUAUGAUGAUUCCUUCUUAGAACUUCCGAAAGAUGUACUGAUUACGGUUAUGCAGAAACACCAGAAGUAUUUUGCUGUAAUCUCCAAGUCCACAGGCGAUCUGCUACCUUAUUUUAUUGCUGUUGCCAAUGGUGCAAUUAGCGAGGAAGUUGUCCGCAAAGGGAAUGAAGCUGUUCUCAGGGCAAGGUAUGAGGACGCCAAAUUUUUUUAUAAGAUGGAUACACAAAAGAAAUUUUCUGAAUUCCAAGGCCAGCUUAGUGGCAUUCUUUUUCAUGAAAAACUUGGCACAAUGCUCGAUAAAAUGACACGUGUUGAGAAUACUGUUGCUGAAUUGGCCCUUAUUCUCGGAAUAAAUGAGAGAAUGAUCCCAAUUAUCAAAGAUGCGGCUGCAUUGGCUAUGUCAGAUCUUGCCACUUCUAUUGUCACAGAAUUUACUUCACUUGCUGGAAUUAUGGCACGCCAUUAUGCUUUGAGAGAUGGCAUCCCUGAAGAGAUUGCAGAAGCACUAUUUGAGAUAACACUUCCUCGGUCUUCGGGUGAUGUGUUUCCAAGAACAGAUGCUGGUAUAGUCCUUGCGGUUGCUGAUAGAUUGGAUAGCCUAGUUGGAUUGUUUGGAGCUGGAUGCCAGCCAAGUUCUACCAAUGACCCAUUUGGACUUCGAAGGGUCUCUUAUGGACUGGUCCAAAUAUUGGUUGAGAACAAGAAGAGCUUUGACCUCAGGCGAGCUCUCACCUUAUUGGCUGGGGUGCAACCCAUAGAAAUAGAGACUAAUGUUAUAGAUGAGGCAGUACAAUUCGUCACAAGGAGACUGGAACAACUUCUGGUGGAUGAGGGAAUUAACUGCGAGAUAGUCCGUUCAGUGCUUAUGGAGCGUGCAAACUGCCCUUAUCUAGCAGCACAAACAGCAACUGAAAUGGAAGCAUUUUCAAGAACGGACACUUUUCCAAAAGUUGUUGAAGUGUAUUCAAGGCCAACAAGGAUCAUCCGUGGAAAAGAAAUUGAGUCUGUUUUGGAGGUUGACCCAAGCGUAUUCGAGAAAGAUGAAGAAAAAGUUUUGUGGAGCGCCUACUUGGAGGUUGCUGAUAAGAUCCAUCCUGGUGUUGAUAUUAAGACCUUUGCCGAUGCUUCUCUGCUCCUGAUUCAACCCCUAGAAGAUUUCUUCAAUAGUGUCUUUGUCAUGGCGGAAGACGAGAGAGUUCGCAACAACCGGCUAGCGCUGCUGAGAAAGAUUGAGAGUUUGCCCAAGGGAAUUGCAGACCUGUCAGUUUUACCUGGGUUUUAG